UGAGAUACUGGAUAUGGAACACUGCAUAUUGAUUUUAGUUUCAAUUAAAACAUUCACAUAGACUUCUCAUGUAUAUAGCCUAAAUACCUAGUGUUGAACCACACUCUUAGUUAUAAAUUCAUACAUACAACAUAUUCGAAACGAGAAACGAACCACCGCCAGUCUGGUAUAGUACUAAAACAAAUUCAAUAUGCACACCCCCACGUUACUACGCUGAAUCCGAGAAAACCUGAACCUCCCUGCUUCCCUCUUUGUGUCCUCCAAGAUCCCAACUUCCUCUGCGAGAAGUGAAUCAGACAGACAGCUCCGCUGAACUGGACCAACCGUGAGAGAGACAGACACUGGGAGCGCAGCACGGAGAGUUUCAGCUGGGGGAUAAGAAAGCACUAUCGGGAGACGGUCACAAGAACUGCUUUUAGCAAUGAGCUGGGGGACUGAGCUUUGGGAUCAGUUUGACAACCUAGAGAAACAUACGCAAUGGGGAAUCGACUUCCUGGAGAGAUAUACAAAAUUUGUUAAAGAAAGAACGGAAAUCGAACAUGCCUAUGCAAAACAAUUAAGGAACCUUGUAAAGAAGAACUGCCCUAAGCGCCCCAAAGAUGAAGAGCCUAGGUUUACCUCGUGUCUGUCUUUCUAUACAAUCCUCAACGAGCUCAAUGACUAUGCAGGGCAGCGGGAGGUGGUGGCGGAGGAGAUGGGGCGCAGAGUGUACGGGGAGCUCAUGCGCUACACUCAUGAGCUCAAGUCAGAAAGGAAAGUCCAUCUUCAGGAGGGUAGGAAAGCCCAACAGUAUCUCGAUCAUUGUUGGAAACAGAUGGAUAAUAGUAAGAAAAAGUUUGAGAGAGAGUGCCGAGAAACCGAAAAGGCACAGUUAGGCUAUGAAAAAAUAGACAAUGACCCCAACGCAACCAAAGCUGAUGUGGAGAAGGCUAAGGCGCAGCUACAUCUACGAACACACAUGGCUGAUGAGAGUAAAAAUGAGUAUGCGGCCCAACUGCAGAACUUUAACGGGGAGCAACAAAAACAUUUUUAUUCUGCGAUUCCAAUAAUAUUUAAGAAUUUACAGGACAUGGAUGAAAGGAGGACCUUGAAGCUGAGUGAGAGUUACAAAGGUUUUGCAGAUGUAGAGCGCAAAGUUAUUCCCAUCAUUUCAAAGUGUCUGGAAGGGAUGGUGGUUGCAGCAAAAUCAGUGGAUGAAAGACGAGAUUCCCAGAUUGUGGUAGAAUCCUUUAAAUCUGGGUUUGAACCUCCAGUAGACUUCCCAUUCGAGGACUUCAGUCAGAAUAUCUACAGGACCGGUUCUGAAGGGACCAUAAGUACACCCAAGACAGACUCCAGCAGGGCUGACCCCAAACACACCAUUGGGAAAGCCAAGGGCAAGCUGUGGCUGUUUGGAAAGAAACCGAAGGGUCCAGCGGUGGAAGAUUUUAGCCACCUGCCUCCUGAGCAACGACGCAAGAAGCUUCAGCAGAGGAUUGAUGAACUCAACAGAGAACUGCAGAAAGAAGUGGACCAGAGAGAUGCACUGAACAAAAUGAAAGACGUCUAUGAAAAGAAUCCACAAAUGGGUGACCCAGGAAGUUUGCAACCCAAAAUCGCAGAGACGAUGAGCAACAUGGAUCGUCUCCGCGUGGAGAUCCAGAAGAACGAGGCAUGGCUCACUGAAGUUGAAGGAAAACCAGGAGUCAGAGGAGACCGGCGACCCAGUGCAGACGUUAAUCACCAUCACCACGCACCACAUGGAAGAGAAAGUCCCGAAGGCAGCUACAAUGAGGAUGCUCCCCAGGAGAACAGGGGACCUCCUCAGCCGGACCCUCACGAGUUUGAUGACGAAUUUGAUGACGAUGACCCACUGCCUGCAGUUGGACACUGCAAAGCACUCUAUUCAUUUGAUGGUCAGAACGAAGGCACUCUGGCUAUGGUCGAAGGGGAGGUUAUGUACAUCAUUGAGGAAGACAAAGGAGACGGCUGGACACGAGCCAGAAAGCAGAAUGGCGAGGAGGGCUAUGUGCCAACAUCUUAUGUAGAUAUAACACUUGAGAAAAACAGCAAAGGUGCGGUAACCUACAUAUAAACUCUGCAGACUCCACAGCAUGCUGAAGGAGACGCUGAACUAAACGCUUAAACAAAAUGAAAUCCCACAGUUUUCGGUGUUCGUGAAGCUUAUUUUCUUGUUCACCAUGUGAGCUUCGUAGAGUAUUUGAAAAAAAAAAAAAAAAAAAAAAGUUUCAUAGAAGUGCUCCCUUAAAGAAAUGUCAUUGCAGGAAACUGUUUGUGUGAAGUGUUGAACUCGACAUGAUUCCAGUUGCCUUUUAAUGGUUGUGAAUAUGUAUAUAAGGGACCAGGAUAUUUUAUAUCUUUUAACAAUAAGAAAAAAAAAAAUAAUAAUUAUUUAAACCGAUGGAAUUUGAUUACACUUGUUUUAAAUAAAUGCAGUACAUUUUAAUCGAUUUUUGAAUCAUGCAUGGCCAGUGAUUUAAAAAGAUCAAUAACUUCAGUUGUCCUAGGUUACUGGGAUUUGUUUUUGCAGUAAUCAACUGGUACUGUUUCUGAUAAAACGGGACGUUGUGUGUUUUUUUUUUUUGUUUUUUUUUUAAUUUGUUUUGCUUUAAACCUGUUCGGUCAUAUUUAGUUUGUCAUUCUUUCUUUGGUUGCCUGGUUGUCCUUAAGCGUAAGCUCUCUGUAAAAUUUUAUGAUCAUAUUUGUUCAAUUUAAAGAUUAUUUUAUACUACACCGAUGACAUUAAACAGCUUGUUGCAGACGACAUCCCAUAAUGCUUCAAACAAUUUUACCUCUGUGCUUUUGUUUUUUGGUUCAGAAAUGUAUUAUUUAGUGGCACUGGGUCCCCUGACUUCUGAAAAUUGGCUAUCGUGUUUGUUUUCUUUAUUGCUUCCUUCGGUGUAGCUGACCCAACGGCUUCUCGUUCUUCUUGGGGGGGAUAGAGUAACUGUGUUUCUUUCUUUCCUCUUGGACUGCAGGUUCCUGAAUGGAUGUGUGGGUUUCUGAAACAGUGGGCAAGACAUUCAAAGAAGGUUACAUGCAGCUGCUUAUCUCUGGGGUGGGGAUUUGGGUAUUAAGAGGCCAAGAGGUACAAAAGCAGGUUGCACGUUUGCAUGCAGGCAUCAAUUUAUCAUUAACACGUCAGCACUGCCAUCACAGCAUCAUAGUGGCAGCUUUCAUUGAACGUCUUUCCUGUUACUCGGAUGUGUGUAGCACCAAUGGGUACUUUUGCCAGGCUGCAAUUUUUAAAGAGAAAGCCAUUCAUUUCAAAAUCUAAAGCUUUCCAAAGAAAUCUUUGACUGUUGCAGUUUGAAAAAGUGCCACUGUUAUGCUGGUCAUUUAAUGCAAAGGAAUCAAAUUAAAAAUGAAAAAGAAAAGAUAUAGUACCCUAACUUUACCUUGACACCGAAGUCGACCAUUUUUUUUUUUUUGCAUAUCAUUUUACAGCUUUGAAUGUCUGCCUGUGCCGCCCUACUCCAUGCUCGCCCCCUAACAUGCUGCUGCAUGUCUUGUACCAUCAUUCUAAGUCAGGAGUGUUUUAUGUGGUAUUUCACUGCCAUCUAAUCCUGUUGUUUGUCAGCCAGUCCCUUUUUUCACCUGUCAAUUAAUUUCCCUCUGGUAACUUGUUGAAUUGCACUGCUACAUACAUUGCGUUUCAUCAAUGCAUGACCAAGUAAUGUAAACUCAAUGCCAGACUGCAAUAAACAUCAUCGAGAAAGAAAUAUUUUGGUGUUUUGGGGAACCCCUUACCAACAUGCCAAGGAAUACAUCUAUAUCAUCAAUGCAAGGGGGGGGGCAGCCUUGUAUAAGCAGAGCAUGGCAUACCAAGACCAAGCACCAUCACCACUCCAACUCUCCAUGCAAUCUUUUGCCUUAACACAACUGUACAAUGGAAGAGUGCCUAAAUCUGCUGAUAUGCCAAUCCAGUAAAAGGGCUGCUUUUAUUUCAGUAUUGGCGUAUUUCCAGGACUUGUCUGAAAUCCUUGUUGUCUCUCUCAGCACUGCAAAAUGCUGUAUUAAGCCGUUUCAAUUCUGAAACUCCUUAGAGUGGCCAACUAAAAAAAAAAAAAAAAAAGUAAUCAGAUUGUUUUAUUAAUAAAGAUUUUUAUGUGUGAAGAACAUCUUUUUAUUUCAAUUGAAUGUGUUUCUAUUGUGAUGAUUUUUAUAGGGUUUUUAAUCAGAUCAGAGUUAAAGGCUCUUGACUACAUCAUGUUUAGGAAUACCAUCAUCUGGACCUGUUGAGUCUUAAGUGUUUUUGACUUUUCAUAACUACAUGCACUUUUGUCCAUAUAACCCAAAAGAAAUUCUGGAUUUUGUAUAAAUGUAAAUACAUGGUAAAGCAGUACCAUCCUGACUGUUUUCGUAUGGACAUUGUGUGUUUUUUUUAACUGAGCUAAGAAAUAAUCUUUUUAGACUUCUUUAGGUGAUGCUCCCAGAAACUUAUCUUGUUUAACCUAGUUUGAAAACUGACCAGAUUAAAAACAGCUAAAAUGUUGUUAACUCUUGCUUAUAUGUAGGGUAAAUAGCUAACAGGGUAUCUAUGUAAUUGAAUAUACGUUUGCUUACUCGUGGGGUUACUAAUUAAUUAGUAAAACAUCAUAUUUCAUAUUGAUUUUGUGUCGGUUUGUAGAACUGGUGCAGGUUCUAAUCUGUGGCUCUUUGUGAAUGGUACAUAUUAGAUUUGUUUAACCUAUAGCCCUAAUAAAUAUGUAUAAGCUGUGAAAUGUACAUGUUGAUACUUUUGUUCUUUAAAUUGUAUCUACUUUUAAAAUACUUUAUACAUUUGAGGACGUGUAUUUGGAACAUUGGACACGUUUAGAUAAAUACCUACAGUAUCAUUUACUUACCUGUAACCUUUUUCAGUUUUUCUAUCAUUUAGUGUCGUUUUUUUUUUUUAAAUGAACCAGGAUACCAGAUAAUUCCUAGUUCUGUUUUUAAAGAAUCUGACAAGUUCAUUGCGAUGAGGCAUGCUGCUGUUCUAUAGUAAACGCUUGUAAUCUUUUCAAAGACAAAGCGGGAAGAUGUUAAUAGAAUGUGGUUAUAAACAAGUUUCAUGCUGAACACAAUAAUCUUAAUUUCAAAUUAAUCAUGUGCACAUGUUGAUUUUUUUUUAAAUAUUGUGAAACACACUUUGUUUAAAAUUCUUGUUCUCUGUUGAGAAUUGUUUCAUUGAAAUAAAAACUGAUUUCAUAUGUAA